AUGGGCUACGCCAACCUAAAAAAGACGAUCUCCACCGGCAAGAUGCUCAAACAGAUUGACGAGGAGUUUCUCGAGAUGACGCCGCAAGAGUUUGAGUUCCACGCCCUCAAGGCGUUCUACGAGCCAAGGCCUGGCAGGGGCGGCUACCAGUUCAAGACCAUCCCGACGGGUCCUGCCGGGAACGGCAAGUCGCGGAUGUUCGAUGUCGACCACGUAGUGCCGCGCAAGUGGGGUGGCAUCGACCACCCGCGCAACAUGGUGGUCAUGCACUCCUCCAUGAACCGCGCCUUUGGAGCCGACAUGCCCGAGGCCAAGUGGUUUUACCUAUGCAGCAGCUCGUCCUGUCGUUCGUCGGGUGUCCUGCGCCAGGUCGCUGCCUUCUUCAAGGAAAUCUAUGGCAACAAGGAGGUCAAGAAGGCGUUCGAGAACGCCAUCAAGAAUCUGAAGGACCUCGGCGGCGGCCCGCGUGACCGAGCCGCCGUCGCCGCCUCUCGAGGACACGUUGGCACUGGCGAGCUAUUGCUUCAGCUUGACUCGGAGAUGCCUGCUCCCGCCGAGCUACGCAAGCUGAUCGCUGACCUGAGCGCGCGGCUGGGCGAGUCGGCGAGCCAGCGCGAGGCGGUGGACGCGGCGCUCACCCUCGCGCAGGAGCUCCUCUCCGCGGGACAGGACGUCUUCCCGCUCACCGCGGUGCCCGACCUGCCGGGCCUCAUCGGCCGCCUCUCGCCCCGAGGCCUCGCGGCUCGGGCGCCGAGGAACCCUCUCGGGACCUUCUCGGGACCUCCCUGGAGCGUUCCCGUAGGCCUCGCUCUCGUCUCGCGCGCCCUCGCAGUGCUGCUCGCAAAAUCGGCUGAGCAGGGCUAG